AUGAGCUCAUCAUCCUGUCGUUCCCCGCUCAGUGGCGCAGCUGCCACCGCACUGAUCGAUGCAGCUGCUAGCUCUUCUUCGCCAAGGCGAGCUCCACCUUCAAAGCACUUGCUGCUCAUCCGACACGGCGAAUCCGAGUUCAAUGCGGCGAUGCGGUGGCCAGGGAAUUGGCUCAAUCCUUUUUUCUACUGGCGAGGUUGCGAUCCAGGUCUAAGGGAUCCGUUUCUAACCGCACGUGGGAAAUCUCAAGCGCGCAAGGGCAGGAGAAGAUUAGCGGAGGAAAUCGAGAAAAUGAUGGUGAGGCAAAACGAAAAGAACGGCAAGAGUGAUCAUCAUCAUGUUAUGGGUGUACGGAAUUCAUCUCCACAGUCAUGUGGAAGAGAAAGACAAGAGGAAAAAGGGACCCAGAUGAUCCCUGAGAUGAAUUCCCGACGCCUCUAAUCAUGGUAGCUCAAGCGCAGCAAGCAGUAGCGACAAGAACAUCGUUUUCUUCACCUCUCCCAUGCAAAGAGCGAUGCAGACAGGGCUCUUGAUGCUAGGAAAUGAACUGGAAACAUCUACUAGUGCUGACAGUACAUCUUCAGGCAAUAGAUGGUUUGACACUGGUCCGAGGACAUCUUCGUCAUCAAGUAGUAGAGGACCCAAUACAACUGCGAGUAACUGUAACAAAAUCGCACCAGGAGGACCGAGACUGUCAACCACAGGUACCACUGGUGGAUCUGGUGCUAUGCCUGGUGAUGUUGUGGUUGAAGACUUAGACCGAAAUUCAUCUCCAGAAAGGGCUCGAGCAGGUGGAGCAACUCCUAGUUUUGGUCGUGUCAACUACACUUCUGAAGCUGGAAGUAGUCCUAAUAUUAAGGCUCAACUUUCAAUGGUCAUUGGGGUUGGUCACUGGGAUCGCAGAGAGGCUCUCCUUAGAAAACAGGGGAAAACACAGGGAGAACAAGUAGAGGGGUCAAGGGCCUUUGUCUUUCAGCAUCAGUGACCAAUGAAUGCUGAGCUUUAACAAUAGAAGUAAAAAUAAACAAGUGCCGUUACUUGGCGAUGCUAAGGAAAGUAAGUCGCUUGAGGAGGUGAUGAGAAAACACGAAGAUCAACAUGACGAAGAUGUUCUUCUUAUUGAGGGUGGACAGCACCAAGAAGAUCUUCAAGACGAAGAUGUAGCAGGAGUUCGACGAGGUAGAAGAGGUGCCGCAGGAGGAGCCUCUUCCAGUAGUAGAGAAACAUCGCCUUCAAACUCACCUACCAAGAGGAGGAGAAGUAGACGUAGUAGCUGGCUAGGGAUGGCGUUUGAUAGUAUCGGGUUGUCGACACCAAGGUCGAAGAGGAACAGUCGGAGUAGUAAGAUACAUCCACAACCAUUACUGUCCCAAGCAGCAGGAGCAGAGCAGGACGCUUCGCAGUUGAACGCACAGUCUCCUGAUGUGGAAGUCUCUUCACCACCUCAUAGUCCUGAGCUGCUUGAGGAAAAUGGCAAACCUAGGCGAUCCAUCACAUCAACUGCGGAAGUUAGAACGAACAAGAUGUACGCUUUGCCAGCGAUGAGGGAAAGGUACUGACUCCACUGGUGGUCAAAAGGAGGUUUAUUUGGGUGGAAGUGGAACUUCUUGUUAGGUUUUCGUUUUCUUAGUUUUAUUGAAGAUUCACUUGCAUCUGCUACUUCGCAACAAUCUCCAUAGUAGUGGACGUACCUUAUCUCCCUAGACGUCGUACCUUAUCUCCCUAGUGACGUACUUACCUUUUAUCCACUAUAUUUCAGGUGCAAGCACCUUGGUGAUCUCGGCACACCGGUAGAAGACCUCGAAAAACAGUAUGACAAAGUUGUGGACUUCAGCCUCAUACCUCGUAAUUUGCGGGAUCGCUGGUGGCUACCGAAGCAGAUUUUGGACCAGGGACGUGCUUUCGUUCACAAGAAUAAAGAAGGCAGUGGACAAAUACAGAAGACGAGGAACAACGGUCAAAAUCGAUCUUCUUCAAGCAACAGGAAUACUAGCAAAGUAGAGCCAGCUGCAGAACAAACAGGGGCGGAGGAGGAGCAAGAAGAUCGCAGUUUCUCCAGCUCAACGGGGGAAGAGGACUUCGAACCCGAAGAUUUCGAGCCAGCGCUUGUGUGCGGGGUAAACGAAACGGAAAGGGAACUUAUGAAACGUGAUCAUGAUAAGGAAUCCUUCAAGGUUCUUCAGCAAUUUCAUCUCCUCCAGUGCAUAAGUACUGGCACUCAUGAAGGUUCUUCAGUCCAUUGCAUAAGUACUGGCACUCAUCAAGCUGAACUCUACUAAGUGCUUAUCUUCAAUCAGAAAAAUAUCGAAUUUCUUGAGCUCUACUAUCUUCUGAACUCUACUAAGUACUUAUCUUCAAUAAGUAAGAAAAAUAUCGAAUUUCUUGAGCUCUACUAUCUUCUACGCGCUUGUGUGCGGAGUAAACGAAACGUGAUCAUGAUAUUAAGGAAUCCUACUAUCUUCAAUAAGAAAAAUAUCGAAUUUCUUCACCUACGACGCCUUCCCCGUUCAUAUCCCUCGUUGCCCGUGUCGCAGAAACCAAAGCUGUGCUACUGGCCCGACAGGAGUCGCAGCUGGUGCUUUUCGGCCAUAGCAUUUGGUUCAAAACGUUAUUGGGUCCGAGCUAUCGGAAGAUGAAGAACGGAGAACUCGUUUCGUGCAUCCUGCAUGCGGAUGGAACGGUGAGUGAUGUGGCGUUUCUUUAACGAGCUAUCGGAAGAUGAAGAUUAAGCGAACAAGUAGCUGCAGGACGUCGAGGUCUGUAGAUACAACCUUCUACGCAUAGACGAGGAUUCAAACGAGGAGAGCGACAGUUUUCUUGUGGAUAGCUUUUCUCUUCUACUUAAGUGAAAAUCAAAAUGUACCAACAAAAACCUUAUAGACAAUUGGAUCGUAAUUUCUCCCUGGGGAGAAGGUCAUGCUCACACUUCAUGUGGAAAAUCACACACGACACAUAACUCUGAGAGUAUAGAAGUGCUGGUCGGCUUUCUGUUUGAUGUAUAGAAAUCUCUCUUGGACGGGAACAGCAUGAAUGUACUUACCUUCCUCGGCUGUCAUCGACGUCAUUCCCUGUUUGCAGGUCAUGACAGUUUGGCAGCAUCCGCACAAGAAACUGGAACUGCCGUAAAAACACGCUUGGUGAAUUGACAUCGAAUGAAAUGUUGAAGAGCGACGUCGCUUGAUACACUAUAGUUGUUGC